AUGUGGUCGUGCGUAAAGAACUUCUUCACUUAUGAAACGACUAAAUCAGUGGUUGUGAAGAGCUGGACCAUUGGAAUUAUCAACCGGAUCGUCCAACUCAUCAUCAUUUCUUACUUCAUUGGGUGGGUGUUUCUUUGGGAAAAGGCCUACCAGGUGAGAGACACCGCAAUUGAGUCUUCGGUUAUGACCAAGGUCAAAGGUUUUGGAGUAUACAAUAACAGGGUCAUGGAUGUUGCAGACUACGUCACCCCAACGCAGGGAGGCUCAGUCUUCUGCAUCAUCACUAAAAUGAUUACCACAGAGAACCAAGUCCAAGGAUACUGCCCUGAGAGUGGGAAGAAGUAUAACUGUACGCACGACAGCCACUGCAAACGAUUCCUUCAAAAACCAGCUGAUAAUGUGGUAUUUGUACUGUGGUAUCAGUACACCUAUGAUUAUUGGUAUGCAUACAGGAUUCAUGACUUGGUGGAAUUCAGUCAAAUGUAUUUUUCUCAUAUUGAUCAAUCUCAGGGUGGAGUGAUUGGAAUAAAGAUUAGUUGGAUGUGUGAUCUCGACAAGUCGGAUGACCAGUGCAAGCCUGCAUACUCGUUCACUCGGCUGGAUGCCAUGUCACAGAAAACCUCUGUCUCACCUGGAUACAAUUUCAGAUUUGCAAAAUACUUCAAGAUGGAAAAUGGGACGGACUACCGCACUCUGGUCAAAGCCUUUGCCAUUAGAUUUGACGUCAUUGUCAAUGGAAAUGCUGGAAAGUUUAACAUGAUCCCUACACUCAUAAACAUUGUGGCUGCAUUCACAUCAGUGGGAGUGGGCACAGUGUUGUGUGAUAUAAUACUGCUUAACUUCCUGAAAGGAGCUGAGCAGUACAAGGCCAAGAAGUUUGAGGAGGUGUCAGACAACCCCCUGGACACACAAAAUAACGGCUUGUUUCACUCCCAGCUGUCACUCAGACAAUCAGCCUUCAAGUCCAGCGACUCAGGAGCAUUUUCUAUUGAACGCUACAGCUGAACUGAGGAAACACGUUUAUUUCCCACCAUCGUAGUCUAAUCCAGCGCUGAGUUAACUCCAAACACUGACAGAUAACAACAAUAUAUAAAAUAUAUGCAAGAUAAACGCAUGACUGCCUUUGCAUGGUAAUGUCUGACAAAUGACAGCAGCUGAGGAUGUUUUCAGCUAGCUCACUUUGAAAAUGUUAAAUUAGACAUGAAUUAUUGUGGGAAA